AUGAGAAUAGCCAACACUCACUCCGAAAGCCUGUGCAUCUCCAAUGGUGUACCGCAAGAAUCCGUCCUCGUCCCGCUACUGUUUUUAUUCUACAUCAAUGACCUCCCAGCAAACAUCCUAUCUUCGAUACAAAUAUUUGCAGAUUAUGCUAAAAUAAAAAGAACAAUUCGCUCAACAUGCAACCGUGCCUGUCUACAGAACGAACUGGACCGGAUUAACGAAUGGGCAGAAAACAGUAAAGUGUCACCCGCUGACAGU